AUGAGUGGGCAGUUUACCCAAAGCGGUAGUGGGAGGGGUAAAAGGUCGAUGCUUGAAUCUAAUAAAUGCUACAUGCUGGAUGGUGAUAUUCAGAUUUUUGUAUGGAUGGGAAGAAUUACGUCAAUAAAAGAGCGGAAAACUUCAAUCUCAGUGGCCGAGGAUUUUCUCCGAGCUCAGGAAAGACCCGUAAAUACCCAUUUAGCCUUUUUAACAGAAGGAUCAGAAACAGUGGAGCCAAAGCUUUAUGAAGAAGGUCGCGGGAAAGUAGCAGCAAUGUUCAAGCAAACAGGUUAUGAUGUGGAGGAGCUUCCCGAUGAAGAGGACAAGCCACAUAUGGAUUGCAAUGGUACACUAAAGGUUACUCUAUACCAAUAA